AUGGGUAAAUCGAAGAAAUUAAAGUCAUAUCGUGGGGAUUUCGUUACCAGAUCAGCACUUCCAUUGGAUGAGCAAAUUGAACGUAGUAAACGUGAAAAUAAACGUGAAAAAAGCCACAUAAAACAACGGAUUUUAAAGCGAUCCAAAGCGGAUGAUGAGUAUAUCGAUGGCUCGCUCUCUAGUAAAAUUCUGAAAUUAGCUUGGAAGCAAAAAAGAGAUGAGGAGGCAGUAGAGGAAGAAGCUGAAAAUCAAACUAGUAUGAGUUCACUGACGAGAAAUCGAACUGUAAGCUUAGGAGACGUCUCGGUGGAUUCACUUUCGGAUGAUGAAUUUAUUGACUGUAAUCAAUAUGAAGAUGAUAUCGUGAAUCUGAAUCCAGAAGAUGAAGCUGCCAUAGAAAAGUUUUUGGUGAAACCAGAUGAACCAUCACAAACUCUUUACGACAUAAUCUCAAAGAAGAUUGAACAAAAAAAGCUUCAGCUUGAAUUUCAAUUAGUUGAUCAACAAGAUGAUGACUUUGUGAUAAAAAAUAUGGACUCGAAAGUUGUGGAAAUGUAUCGUGAAAUUGGUGUCGUUUUGUCACAUUACAGAAGUGGUAAAAUACCGAAGGCCUUCAAAGUUCUUCCGAAUAUGAUGAAUUGGGAACAACUAUUUCUUACCAAUCCUGACAAGUGGUCAGCUGCAGCUAUGUAUCAGGCAACUAGAAUAUUUGCAUCUAAUCUUCAUGCAAGAAUGUGUCAGAGAUUUUAUAAUUUGAUAUUAUUGCCACGGUUGAGAGACGACAUAAUUGAAUAUAAGAAACUGAAUUUCCAUUUAUUUCAAGCGUUACACAAAGCAGUUUAUAAACCUCAAGCUUUUUUCAAGGGAAUUCUUUUACCACUUUGCGAGUCAGGAACAUGCACACUUCGCGAAGCCACCAUUUUUGGUUCAGUUUUGUCUAGAGCAUCUAUACCAAUGUUGCAUGCUGCAGCUGCAAUGCUCAGAAUCGCUAAUAUGCAGUACACUGGUUCCAACUCCUUAUUUUUAAGGAUAUUAAUCGACAAAAAGUAUACUUUACCAUAUCGAGCCAUUGAUGCACUAGUAAACCAUUUCCUAAGAUUUCGAAAUGAAGAACGGCAGUUGCCUGUUUUGUGGCAUCAGUCUUUAUUAGCGUUUGCACAACGUUAUAAAAAUGAUAUAAAUGAUGAACAACGUGCAGCUUUAUUGGAACUUACAAAGGCAAACAUUACUAUUUUGGAACUUUAUAAAAUCAAGACUUUUUGGGUACAAAAUCAUUACCAGAUAUCGCCUGAAGUGUGCCGUGAAUUGAUGUCAUAUAGAAGAAAUGAACAUGAUACCGAAGCUAACCAUUGA